AUGGUGCGAACCUUCCCGAAAUCCAAGUUCCCGGAAGUCAGCCACGCGAGGGCCAACCUUGCAGCCAAGGCUAAGUCCAAAUGUGGCCCGACGUUCUUCCCUUGCGCCAGUGGCAUCCACUGCAUCAUCGGCCGCUUCCAGUGCAAUGGGUUUGAGGACUGUCCCGACGGCAGCGACGAAGAGAACUGCACGGCGAACCCUCUGCUUUGUUCCACCGCCCGCUACCACUGUAAGAAUGGCCUCUGCAUUGACAAGAGCUUCAUUUGCGAUGGGCAAAAUAACUGUCAAGACAACAGCGACGAGGAGAGCUGUGAAAGCUCUCAAGAGCCAGGCAGCGGGCAGGUGUUCGUGACGUCGGAGAACCAGCUCGUGUACUACCCCAGCAUCACCUACGCCAUCAUCGGCAGCUCGGUCAUCUUCGUGCUGGUGGUCGCGCUACUGGCGCUCGUCUUGCAUCACCAGCGCAAGAGGAGCAACCUCAUGACGCUGCCCGUGCACCGGCUGCAGCACCCCGUGCUGCUGUCCCGCCUGGUGGUCCUGGACCACCCCCACCACUGCAGUGUCACCUACAACGUCAACAACGGCAUCCAGUACGUGGCCAGCCAGGCCGAGCAGAACGCCUCGGACGUGGGCUCCCCGCCCUCCUACUCAGAGGCCCUCCUGGACCAGAGACCCGCGUGGUACGACCUUCCGCCGCCGCCCUACUCCUCGGACACCGAGUCUCUGAACGAAGCCGCCCUGCCCCCUUACCGCUCGCGCUCCGGGAGCACCGACAGCGCGGGCUCCCAGGCGGCCAGCAGCCUGCUGAGUGCUGAAGACGGCGGCCGCAGCCCCGGGCAGGCCGGCCCUCCUCCCGAGAGCGCUGCAGGGCCCAGGGACUCCGUGCCAGGCCAGGGCGCCGCAGAAGUCUAAAUCGCCGCCUCCACGGUCCAUGUGGGUCCAUCUGCUCCGACUUCUUACCAUCCUAACAACUUUCGCUCGUGGGAAGCUCCUCAGGGUGCCUCAAGGAGGGUGUCUCUCCGCUCCCCCUCCCACCCCCCCAUCCCCGCCCCAGAUUUCAGGGAUGUCCUUUCGAGGGAGACCUGGCAUUUUGCUGGCCUCUCGGGUGGCCUGAUGUAUUGUGCAUCUUGUCUGGGAGGUCACUCGGCCUUCGGGGCCCAGGAUCAUGACCUCACUUGUCAUUGUUCUUCUGUGACUGGUGGCAUCUUACUGAAUAGGCAGCCUCAGUGUGCAGGCAGCAGGGUAAGGCAGGGGCUGGGGAGUCCUCGAGAACGCAGUGCUUCCAUGCCAUGGUGGAUGUUUCAGAAGGGCAGCAGACCCUGGACCACAUUCUCCGUGGGCCGCUGCCUUGCAGCUCCAUGGGAGACGGGUUGGAUGACCCUCCCAGGAGGCCGGCAUGGAUGGCCACCCUCGAAGAAUCCGGGUGAGCGUCAAACCCCGCCUUGCACGCUCGUGCAUGUUGUCCUCAGUUCGGCGGAGCGGUGGCCAGAGGAGACGUUGGCCAAGGGUUAUGCCCUUUAGCCAUCAGCAGGGCCAUUUUGGUUCUCUGAACGACUCUGAAACUUGCCCGAGAAUCCUCGUUUUGAGGGUUUUCUCUGGCAGCAUCUGUCCUCAACCUCAUCCCAGGAUAGGCAGGGAAUCCCUGCCAUACAUUUAUCUGAGUUCUCAGCUCCUAAAAUGCAGGCUAUCGAGAGCCUGGGCCUGCUUAGGUCCACAGCCCUUCCCUGGCUUCUGGAUUGUCACCCCUCCAGCUGUGACCUGCCGGGAGCCAAGGAAGGAAGACCCAACUUGAAUUGGCCAAAAAUCGGAUCUGGUCCUCUGUCCCUGGAAACCACUCCCAGCCUGUCUUGCCCAUUCAUGCAGCUUUCCACACUAGCUUCCCAGGUUACCUUAACCUCCAGAAGUCAUUGUACCUGUGCAUUUGGACUUGAGGACACGGUGGUUCCUGACACGCAUGAGAACCAUAUUCAGUACCUCCCACCAGAGCCCCUGGCUCCCUGUGCUGCACACACUUCCUGCCCAAGGCCCAGAAACCAGCACCCUGAUUCAGCAUUCAUGUUAGGGUUAGAGUCAGGCUCAGGCUUCUUCUGACCUGCCAUAGUUUCUCCUCUAAAAGACUUGGUCAGUAGAUAAUUUGGAGUCGAGAUUUGCCAUUCGGACUUUUUUUUUUAAUCUCUUAGAAAUGCAUUUGAAACAGUGUGUUUGUUUUUUCCCUUCUAGUUAAGGGAUUAUUUAUAUGUGUAUAGGAAAGCUGUCUUCUUUGUUUGUUUCUCCUUGAGUGAGGUCCAAAGAAAAAUGCGAAAGGAUAUCACACCUUUGUCCCGCUGAGCCUCGAUACCGAGUCACUCCAGACUGACCUGUGUGCGGGGCCUUUGUGCAUUGUUGCACUUUGAGUUGCUAUUUAUCGAGUUCUUGAAGGAUGCAGAACGAGGGAUGCCUUUCUCCCUCGGUUCAUAGUCUCUGUGUUUAUGCUAGCUUUCCUCUUUCUCUGUGCCCAGCCAGCCGCAGGGCCCACUCCCUGGAGAAAUAGUGGGGAGAAAUGUGGGCGUUCGUUGGCAAGAACCCACACUGAUGGGGGACAAAACUGGAACCAGGCAGUGGUCACCCAUUCAGGACUUCCUUACGUAGCAGAAGAAAUGUUCAGUGACCUCGCUGAUGCGAGGGACGACGUGACAUUUAAUGAUCCUGUUCUUGGGACUUUAUUUUAUUUCUUUUUUUUUAAAUCAAAUCCAAACUGUGUUACAGGAAAGCUAGCCACUUGGUGAUUUCUUUCUGUCUUUUUUUAAGUUAAAGAAAAGGAGCCUAGUUGCUUGCAUCUUUCAUUUUUUAAAAUAACACGAGUUAUUUUCUGCGUAAGCCAAUAAAGAAAGAACUUUCGAUGGGAGCCGGAGUGUGUUAGGAACUCUGGCUGAGCUUUUCAUCUCCUGUGAGUCAGAAUGGCUUUAUUUCUUCUCCCUUUGAUGGGCCCGUGCUUCUUUCUGGUAUUUUGGAAGUUGUUUAGAGAAAGGGAUUCUAAUUUUAAUUAAUUGCGCAGUGAAUUAAUCUCACUGGCUUUUCUGCUUCCAGGCAUCUUAGGAAAAACAAAUGGUCUUAGUAGAUAAGAAAGCCUAUUAAUGUUGUUUUUUUUAAAUACAGGGACAUUUUUAUUAUAGAUGUGAUUUUUUUAAUGAAUCUUUUUAAAAAUCUAUAAAUAAGACACCAAAGCUGCAGGGUUUUUUUCCUGUUUUUUCCCCCCUACUCAAGAUGGCAAAUAAGUGGCCAGCAAUAUUUUUUAACUCAUUCCAUCCAGGCUAUUUUUUUAUAUAUUGCCUAAUUCUACAGCCGCCUGAAAACCAUCUCUGCUCUUUUUUUUCUCAAAUGAGACCAGCAAGUUCUUUUUAUUUUCAUGUUCAAAUUCGCAUCCCUGUAACCUAUAGCUUAUCCCCUGACUCAGCCCCCGCCCUCCAAAAUUGACUUUUUUAAAAAAAUGCAACAAAGUGGUUGACAAGUAGUGUGCAGUGUUCAAAGUUGAUGUGAACUGGAAAGUUUGUUGUGUGGUUGCUUUUUGUGUUUUGGUUAGGUUUUGGUUUG